GGUGGGGAGAAUUCGGCCAGCUCCCAGGGGGGCUGAGGGGCCCAUUAGGGUCUGGAGGGCCUCCUUUUGGUCCCCUAUCAUACCACAUGCCCUGAGGGGCUGGGACCUGGGCACCUGUCACCCCUGGCACUGACUGUCCAGGGCUCCCCUCCUCCCUCUUCUGGCCACUGCCGCCUCCUGUCCCCUCCCCUCCCUUCUUCCUUCUCCUGGUCCCACCUCCAGAAGCCUCUCCUAUUGCUCCUCCUCACCUCUGUCCUCCUGGACUGUCCCAGCUCCUACCUUCCCUACCGCUCACCUUUUUCCCCUUUUAGGACUGAGUGAGGACAGGCGGGGGUGGUACAGCUGGGGCUUGGGGCACAGCAGCAGAGACUCUAGGCCCUCUCCCACGCUGCCAGCCCUCUGGUAACCCCUCCCUCCAAGCUGGGGGGAGGGGGGACAGCACCCAGAGGGUUAAGGCUGUAGGGGGGAGGGGCUGGGCCAGGUCGUGGGCGGCCCCUUUGAAGGAGGGAGCUGGAGCGGGGAACAGCCACCCUACCUCCCCCCCAGCCCGGCCCUCCCCGACCCCUCCCAACCUGCUCCCCCCAGGGGCCAAGAGGAGCUGCCGGCAAGGCCCCUCAGCGUUCAGGAGAAGAUGGGGAGCCCUGAGGACGACCUGAUCGGGAUUCCAUUCCCUGAACACAGCAGUGAGCUCCUGAGCUGCCUCAACGAACAGCGCCAGCUGGGCCAUCUGUGUGACCUAACCAUCCGGACGCAGGGCCUUGAAUACCGCACCCACCGGGCUGUGCUGGCUGCCUGCAGCCACUACUUUAAGAAACUCUUCACCGAGGGCGGUGGCGGGGCCGUCAUGGGGGCUGGGGGCGGCGGGACAGCCGCUGGGGGAGCAGGGGCUGGCGUGUGUGAGCUGGACUUUGUGGGGCCAGAGGCACUGGGUGCCCUGCUCGAGUUUGCCUAUACAGCCACACUGACCACCAGCAGCGCCAACAUGCCGGCAGUGCUCCAGGCCGCCCGGCUGCUGGAGAUCCCAUGUGUCAUCGCUGCCUGCAUGGAGAUUCUGCAGGUCAGUGGGCUAGAAGCUCCCAGCCCUGAUGAGGAUGACUGUGAGCGAGCCCGCCAGUACCUGGAGGCCUUCGCCACAGCCACGGCCUCAGGAGUUCCCAACGGGGAAGACAGCCCUCCACAGGUGCCCCUCCCGCCACCGCCGCCACCACCGCCACCACCUCGGCCUGUUGCCCGCCGCAGCCGCAAGCCCCGAAAAGCUUUCUUGCAGACCAAGGGGGCCCGGGCAAACCACCUAGUGCCCGAGGUGCCCACAGUGCCCACCCAUCCCUUGACCUAUGAGGAGGAGGAGGUGGCAGGCAAAGUGGGCAGCAGUGGGGGCAGUGGCCUGGCGGACAGCUACAGCCCUCCAACAGGGACUGCCUCACCCCCUGAGGGGCCCCUGAGCUACGAGCCCUAUGAGGGUGAAGAAGAAGAGGAGGAGCUGGUAUAUCCCCCAGCCUAUGGGCUGGCACAGAGCGGCGGGCCCCCGCUGUCCCCAGAGGAGCUGGGCUCAGAUGAGGAUGCCAUCGAUCCUGACCUGAUGGCCUACCUAAGUUCGCUGCACCAGGAUGCCCUGGCACCAGGCCUAGAUGGCCAGGACAAGCUGGUGCGCAAACGCCGCUCCCAGAUGCCCCAGGAGUGCCCGGUCUGCCACAAGAUCAUCCACGGGGCAGGCAAACUGCCACGCCACAUGAGGACCCAUACAGGGGAGAAGCCCUUCGCCUGUGAAGUCUGCGGUGUCCGUUUCACCCGGAAUGACAAGCUGAAGAUCCACAUGCGGAAGCACACAGGAGAGCGCCCCUAUUCGUGCCCGCACUGCCCAGCCCGCUUCCUGCACAGCUAUGACCUCAAGAACCACAUGCACCUGCACACGGGAGACCGGCCCUAUGAGUGCCACCUGUGCCACAAGGCUUUCGCCAAGGAGGACCACCUGCAGCGCCACCUCAAGGGCCAGAACUGCCUGGAGGUGCGCACCCGGCGGCGACGCAAGGACGAUGCACCACCCCACUACCCACCACCCUCUGCUGCCACCCCAUCCCCCGCUGGCCUCGACCUCUCCAAUGGCCACUUGGACACCUUCCGCCUCUCUCUAGCUCGAUUCUGGGAGCAGUCAGCCCCUACUGGGCCCCCGGUCUCCACCCCGGGGCCCCCUGAUGACGAUGAGGAGGAGGGGGCACCCACCACGCCUCAAGCUGAAGGUGCCAUGGAGUCCUCUUAAAGAGGGACAAGAGGCCGUGCUGGAGCAGCACGAGGCCGGGGACGCCCAUGCCAAGCAGUGGGAGCGUGCAGGACAGACAGAGCUGGGGUCGGGGCACUGUGCCUCCCUGGCAUCAGAAAUCAGCCCCUGCCCCCCAGAGCCCUCAUUCCAGUUCCAAGCUGAGAAGGUUUUGGGGCAGAGGCUCCCCAGAUUGGGGUGAUCUCCCAAGGAGUGAUACAUAUGAUAUUAUGUAUAUAUUUACAGCUCUAUUGUAAAGGUGGGGUCCCUGUCUCCAGCUGCUCCUGGGGAGUAGAAGCAAUAAUGUAUUUCUGAUUUGCGGGAUCCCUCUUCGGCUAUGCGGGUUUCUAGGGGGUGGGGGGCUUGGGACCAAAGCCUUGCCCCGCCCCCACGCCCCUUGGGGUUUUGGCUGUGUAGAGGGGAGAAGGACUGCCCCUCCCUUCCGAGACCCCUCCUUCCUGGUUUCUGUUCCCUUUUCCUGGCAGUGAAUUAUGCAAAGGGGGCGGCAAAGGAAGGGUAGGUGGGGGAAAGCAAGGUAGAAGCUUGAAAGACUGGGGGACUGGGCCUGUAAGGAAGGAGCCAUCCUAGUCCCCCUCCGCCCUGCUCCCGGCGCUGAGUCAUGGGGUCCUGGAGAAGAAGGGGGCGGGGUGGCCUGAUUGGCUCGCCCGCCCCUGGGGGCAGCGGGAGGGGCCCCGCCCAGCGAGGGGAGCCGCUUCGCUCGGUUCUCCUCCCCGGCCCUCCCCUCCCGCGUCCGCGGGCAGGGAAUGUCUUGUUCCCGCCGCUCCCUCCCCGGGGCCAGAGGGCAGGGCGGGCCGGGCAGCGUCCUACCCUCUUCUCCUCCCCACCUCCUCCCCGCCCAGGUGCGAGCCGGAGCCGCCGCCACCGCUGCCGCCCCUGACUCACGCCGCCCCCGGGCUGGCGCGGCGCAGGGUGUGGGACCGGGUGAGGGGUUGGGGGAGCCUUGCGGAGAACGGGCGAGCCGGCGCCAUCUGGCGGCCAUGCCCUGCGCGGGCGAGCGCCCCCGGCGGCCACCUCCAGCGAGCCGGCUUCACUCGCCUCAACCGCCCAGCUGGUGAGCGAGCGGCGCCCCCUUCCCAAGGCAGUGGGCAAAUAACGUCUUGCUUGGCCGCUGGGAGAGUGGGCUGCGGACCUGAGGGAAAGGGGUCCUUUUCCCAGACCCUUGCCAGCCGCGCUUCCUGUUGGGUCAGGGAGAAUAAUCCCCUCACUCUUCCCUUAGGACUGAAUCUACCCCUGUUCUGUACAUAGCCUCUUCUGUUGGUCUUGUUGAAAUCUAGUUUCAGAUUUUUAACUACCCAAUUCUGCUGGGGGUGGGGGUCUCUCCCCCCCUUUCCUCGCUGGGUGCUGGACCCCCAUUGCGGCCUGGGCUCUGCCUUGCACUAUAUCCCCUCCCUGGCCUGGCGGCCCCUCCCCCUCCUUAAAAGGGGCAGGUUCAGGGGCCCGGUGCUCUCCCUCCCUCCCAUGCACCCCCCCACGCCCAUUUGCACAGCUGCCCAGGUACCCCCAAUAGUGGGGGGGGUCACAGGGAGGGGGUAGUGGGACCAGUCCCUGUAUCUAUUUAAAAAGUGAUGAUGUAAUAUAUUGGGGUGGGGGAGGUCGGGUGGCCCAGGGCCUCAUCUUAGCAUUUCAGGUGAUGGGGGAGCCCAGGGCUGGGGAGACCUGGGGCCUAGCCCCGGGGAGUGAGGACAAUGUGGCCUCCCCCAUCCCCCCUUGCGGCUUCUCCACUCAGUGCCUUAGGGGGGGAGGCAAUCCCCCCUCUCCUUUUCCCCUCCCCUUCCCCUGCCCCCCACCUCGGGUGUAAGCGACAGGAAGAAAUAAUAAUAAUUUAAGAUUCA